AUGGAACCGCAGCCGGGGCACAGCACUCGGCUGACACGUCCAUGGUUGCGCGAGCAGCGGCUUGGCCAGGACGACGACAGCUUGCUCCUUGCAUCCUCCAAGCAAGCGUUCCGACGGUGGCACAGGGCAAAGGCCUCGAAGGCAGCAAAAACAGAGAAGGUCCACUGGGCUGGCAUUCUCUGGGCCUACCACGCAUGUCAGAGGCUCGAACCGAGUGGCGUGUGGAUGUCAAAGGCAUUGGCUAGUCCAGAAAACCCAUGGGCCCUCGUGCUCUGUUAUUUGGAGACCGGCGCUGACGGCACUGACGGCACUUUCGAGAGUUCGGAGCAAGAGGGGCUUUCAGAAGCAGCGGGGUUGGCCCUCGUUCAGACGAGGUGGCAGGCCGCUUUGGAGUUCCUGGAGUUGAAGAGUUUCUUUCAUCCGCUGGCAAAAGGCAGCUUUCAGGUGGCCAUGGCCCAGCGCCUUGCCGAGCGGUGCCUCUACGAGGCUGCUCAGCGCCUGGCGGCUACGGCGGCUACGGCGAACGCCGCGGCUUUGCGGCGACCGCUGCGGCAGCUCUGCUGCACUGUUCUCGAGGCGCAAGCAUGGCCAACUGCUUUGCGGCUACUGGGGCAGCUUCGCCAGCUAAGGUUGCCAGGCGAGCCCCUGCCGGCACCAAGCCGGGCACUGGAAAGCACGGGCUGCUGGACCGAGGCGCUGCUCUUGCUUCGGCGCUUCUCGGCCGCCUCCCUGCGCCCGGGGAGCGAGUGCCUCAUGUCCUUUGCACGUUCGGGGCCCUGGACUCUGGCACUGGCCUUGGCACAGAGCCAAAUCCAGGGCAGCCCAAAGAGACUCGACUGGGUCAAUCGGCUCAACGAUCUCGCGCCCGUGGCCUGGCGCGCCUCCCUGGGUUCGCUGCGCUCGCGGCUGCUUCGCCCGGCUUCCGGCCGCGGGUCCAUGGAGGCGUCAAUGCGCUUGUGCUGUGACGGCUUCCGGUUGGCAGAGACGUGGCGAGAGGCUUUGGCGAUGUUCGGAGAAUUUGGCCCACGCUUUGGGGGUGCGGAUGCCUACUCUUGCUGUGAGGCUUUGCGCGCCUGCAUAUCGGGCCAUGCGUGGACGCUGUCGCUGGCUUUGUUGGAGAAUCUGAACCGGAGCGGAAGGCAGAGCCAGUCGCUGGGCAUGGUUUUGGCUUUGCGCGCUUGCUCCUGGGCGCGGCAGUGGAAGGUGGCCUUGCGGCUCCUCUGUGAGGUUCGGCUCCGACACCUCGAAACACACGUGGGCAUGUACGAUGCCAGCCUCUUCAGCAUCCUUCCUCCCCGUGAAAUCCCCCGAAACCCCACGGCUUCGGAUCGACCUUCUUGGGCUUCCAAGAAGGAAGCGCCCCGGAGCAAGCUGAGCAAGUGCAGGAAGCGGGAAGCGCCCUGGCAAGCGCAGCCCUGGCCUUGGGCCUCAUCUUUGCUGGAGGCUUGCAAGGAGCGUGGGCUGAGGCGGAAUCCCUUCAUGCUGCAAGCGGCGCUCCGAGGGUUGCUGGAGGCGGAGAGAAGGGACGAGCCGAAGCAGGAAAAUGAGCCUUCAAAAGAGAAGAAGGGUCCCAAGGGGCCCAAGGGGCCUCCUCUUUGGUGCGUUUCUUUGGAGCUGCUUCUGGAGUCCUUGGCCAAUUCACUGGAGGCGCAUUGGAAUCAUUUCGCGGCCGCGGCCAGAGGACUUCGUGGACUUCGCUCCUCGCCCUCCGAGGGUUUUCACGCUUGGAAGUGGGCCGCAAGGCUCCUCGCAGAUGUUGCUGCAAGAUGCUGCAAAACCCCGCGGUGUCCUCAGAGUGACUAA